AUGGCCGCCGCAAGCUCGGCCGCCCAGAUGCCCUUUAUCAAAAACCUCGCAUCGAGCGACCGCCGCCUCCGCUCGCAGUCGCUCGCCGCCCUCGAGACGUUCCUCUCGGCACGCACCUCGCUCGCCGACCACGAGGCCCUCCGCCUCUGGACGGGCCUCUUCUACGCGCUCUGGAUGACGGACCGCCCGCGCCCGCAGCUCGCCCUGGCGGCCCAGCUGGCCGCGCUGCCGGCCCGCCUGCGCGCCGACUGCGUGCCCCCGUUCCUCGGGGCCUUCUGGCCGGUGCUGUCGCGCCAGUGGGCCGGGGUGGACGCCCUCCGCGUCGACAAGUUCCUCGCGCUGGCGCGGCGGGUGCUGGGCGCGCACGUGCGCUUCGCCCGCGAGCAGGGGUGGCGCGGCGACGGCGUGGCCCGCGUGGCCGGCGUGCUGGCCGGCAGCCUGGACGAGGGGGUCGCCCCGGGCCUGCGGCUGCACGUGCUGGACGUGUGGGUGGACGAGAUGGAGCGCGAGGGCGCGCUGCUGGCCGACGGGGGGGGUCGCGCCUUCGCCGAGGCGUUUGCGGAGGCGGUGCGGCGGGCGGCCGAGGGCAGCGCGGUGCGGAGCGUGCGCGCGCGGGCGAGGGAGAGCCUGGCGGAUGGGCGGCUGCCGUGGGGGAAGAAGGAGGAGGAGGAGGAUGGCGGGGACGAGGACGAGGACGAAUGGAGCGGCAUCGAGGAUUAG